AUGAUACCACGCGCGACGGAAAAGCAGACUCCCGGCGUCUCGCCCUCAGACUUGCCGCCCAAAGUUAUCAUCAUCCUUGCCACUACUAUACCCUGCAUCGUCAUCCUAGCCAUAGUCAUGGGCGUUGUGCACUGCAUUCUAAAGCGCAAUAGGAGGAACCAGAACAAGAAGCGUGAUGCUGAGGCCUGGUCUCAUCGGCCACGACCACAUCGAAUACCUAAGAUCACGAUUACGGGAAGCACUCCAGUCCCGGACGAUAACGCAUUUGGUGCACCGCUGGCUUACUCUUGGACUCAACCUGCUCCUUUUUGA